CUAGUUGUGUUUCUCCCCAUCAACCUACAGAGUUGCAGAUCUCAAGCAAUGGCGGAUGAAGUGAUUCUCUAUGAAAAAAAAGGACAUGUGAGAGAAGGUUUGUCUCUUUGAACUACUAGUUGUGUUUCUCCCCAUCAACCUACAGAGUUGCAGAUCUCAAGCAAUGGCGGAUGAAGUGAUUCUCUAUGAUUACGGGCCAUGUCUCUUUGGUAUGAGGGUGAGAAUCUUCCUAGUAGAGAAGGAAAUAGACUUUGAAUUCAGGGAAGAGAACCCGCUCUACCGAAAGAGGCCUCUGCUUCUGACACUAAACCCAGUCCACAAGAUGGUUCCAGUCUUAGUCCAUAAUGGGAAGCCCAUCUGCGAAUCCCUCAUUAUACUUCAGUACAUCGAUGAAGUUUGGAAGGAUAAACCUUCUUUGUUACCCUCAGAUCCAUAUGAGCUUUCAUAUGCCAGAUUCUGGGCUGAUUUUGCAGACAAGAAGAUAUAUUGGACUGGAAGAGCUUCAUGGAAGCCCUGGGGAGAGAAGGGAUAUACACAAGAGGAAGCAAAGAAGGAAUAUAUAGAGAGUCUGAAAAUGAUUGAGGAGCAGCUUGGAGAGAAGCCUUAUUUUGCAGGGGAGAGCUUUGGUUUCCUAGAUGUUGCACUAAUCCCUUACUCUGCCUGGUUCUAUGCUUAUGAGACUGCAGGGAAUUUCAGUGUUGAGAAGGAAUGUCCAAAACUGAUGUGUUGGGUGAAGAGAUGCAUGGAGAGAGAGAGUGUCUCCAAGGCUCUUCCGGAUCCAAUCAUGGUUUAUGAAUUUCUCUUACUCCUCAAGAAGCUGCGUGGGGUAGAAUAGAUUGAUUAGAGGAUAGAAAAUGGAAAUUCUAUGUUACUAAAUUUGUUGUGUCAAAGUUGCAUUUUAGAUUUCCAUUUCAGUUAUCAU